UUGAAUAUCCGGGUGUGGUUUUUCAGGAUCAUCUCACAGUCCCAGUGGUGUUACUGUUAUCGCUGAAAGAGUUAAUCCAACAGUUAUACAAUAUUUCUGCACGUCCGACGCGCUUUAUCGAGUCAGUGUUUCCGCCUUUGCAAGCAGCAGCAUGGCUUCAACUUGUUCAGGAUGUGGACCAGGAUAUAAAACCCCUCUGGAUGCUAUGAAAGGUCCUCGAGAAGAGAUCGUCUACCUGCCAUGCAUUUAUCGCAACACAGACAUCCAGAAACCCGAUUAUCUUGCAACUGUUGAUAUCAAUCCAAAAUCUCCCAAUUUUUGCAAGGUGAUUCAUAGGUUGCCCAUGCCCAAUCUGAAGGAUGAAUUACAUCAUUCUGGUUGGAACGCCUGCAGCAGUUGUUAUGAUGAUUCCUCCAAAAGGCGCAAUCGUCUCAUUCUACCUUCCCUGAUCUCCUCCCGUAUCUACGUCGUUGAUGUAGGGACGGAUCCUCGGGCUCCACAGCUUCACAAGAUAGUCGAGCCCACAGAUCUGUUCUGGAAAUGUGGCCUUGCCAACCCCCACACUUCUCACUGCUUAGGCAGUGGUCAAAUCAUGAUCAGUACCAUGGGCGAUCCCUCUGGCAAUGGCAAGGGUGGUUUUGUGUUGCUGGAUGGCGAGACUUUUGAAGUCACUGGCAACUGGGAGCAGCCAGGUGAAGCAGCACCGUUUGGUUAUGACUUCUGGUACCAGCCUCGCCACAAUGUCAUGAUCAGCACUGAGUGGGGAGCGCCUAAAGCUUUGGGAAAUGGCUUCAACCCUGCAGAUGUCAAAGCUGGUCACUAUGGGCAGCGCCUCCAUGUGUGGGACUGGACCACACACAAGCGGAUUCAGACUCUGGAUCUGGGGGAAGAGGGUGCUAUUCCUCUAGAGAUCCGGUUCCUGCACGACCCUGCUGCGGCUGAAGGAUUCGUGGGCUGUGCGCUUCAGAGCACCGUCUACCGCUUCUACAAGACUCCGGCAAGGGACUGGGCUGCAGAGAAAGUCAUCAAAGUUCCUAGUAAAAAAGUGGAAGGUUGGGCUCUUCCUGAAAUGCCAGGUCUCAUUACUGAUAUCUUGAUUUCAUUGGAUGAUCGCUUCCUCUACUUCAGUAACUGGUUGCAUGGAGACAUUCGACAGUAUGAUGUCACCGACAGGAGGAAUCCACGUAUGGUUGGUCAGGUCUUCCUUGGUGGCAGUAUUUUGAAAGAUGGACCAGUGAAAGUAUUGGAGGACAAAGAACUGGACAGCCAGCCAACCCCACGGAUACUGAAGGGAAAGCGGGUACAGGGAGGUCCUCAGAUGCUUCAGCUGAGCUUGGAUGGAAAACGACUGUAUGUCACCACUUCUUUAUACAGUGCCUGGGACAAGCAGUUCUACCCUGACCUUGUCAAGGAGGGGUCAGUCAUGAUGCAGAUUGACGUGGACACAGAUAAAGGCGGCCUGAAGCUCAACGAGAAUUUCCUUGUGGAUUUCGGAGCAGAGCCAGAAGGUCCUGCUCUUGCUCAUGAGCUCAGAUAUCCUGGUGGAGACUGCACUUCUGAUAUCUGGUUAUGAAAUUAGGGCCAAGCCAUCAUGUUCCUAGGAGCAGAAUUAUUAUUCCCAUAUUCUCACAAUUGAAUGGAGUUAUAUCAUCAUUUUACAAUCAUGUUUAGUCUUUGUAUGGACCAAAUCCUUAAUCAUA